GCAGAGGGGUGGGACCGGUUCCUCGAGGUGGACGCGGUAGGGCUUUCCUGUCUCUAGUAUGGAGGUGAAAAGAGUUUGUGCUGAGGCCAUUCAUGAAGUAACAUAUAGUAAAUGGUGCCUCAGUCACACUUCAGUACCCUACACAGAGCAGCAAUGGAGUUGAACAUUUGGCAACUGUGUGGGUCAAUAUUGUUAAUAGGAGUUAUAGUUUGGUUUUCACAACUGUAUGGAUGCUUGUUAUUAUUGGGAGAUGAGUCAGAAGAAUCUCAUCAACUACUAGGAGUCUAGGUGGGUUUUAACAAUUGUGGGUGCUAUGGUAGUACAAACAAUAAUAACUGAAAGAUGGGUUAAGUCCCUACAGCUGGGCAAAGUGGUGUUGACAAACAUAAGGGCCCCCCAAAACAUGGAUCUUUGUGCAGCCUUAUUUUUUACACAUGCCUAAGUUUGGUUUUUGUGGUAGACAGGGAUUCAUAAUGUUGGUUAUUUUGUCUUUUGAUUUAGGGAUGUGACUGGAAUUUAGGAGGAAGAAGGGUUUCCUUGAUUCUAUAACUCUUGAAGCUUUUGCCCUUCAUUGGAAGGCAUGGAAGUAGACAGAUUUUUUAGAUUUGAAAAUGUUUGAUAAACACCAUAGACUUUCUAUCUUAAAAAAGGCACAGUUGACCUCUGAGUGGGUUCAGUGCUGUUUUAGUCUUUAGGAAGCGGGGGUAUGAUGUUAGUGUUGUUUAAGUCUUAUGGUCUGGGAGGUGACAGAGAAUUUGCUUAUUUUAGCAGAAACAAGCUGCUGGAUGUAGAAGGAAAGUAGGUCGUGCACACAGAAAAUGCCUCUAAGGGAUAAGUGUUGUCAGACUGACCAUCAUCACCAUGGGUGCUGUGAACCAGUGUAUUUGUUAGAACCUGGUGAUCCUCCUUUGUUACAGCAACCUCUGCAGAUGUCAAAAUCUGGUAUUCAACAAAUUAUCGAGUGCUUUCGAUCAGGAACUAAACAACUUAAACAUAUCUUGUUAAAAGACGUGGACACCAUUUUUGAAUGUAAAAUAUGCCGCAGUCUCUUCAGAGGAUUACCAAACUUAAUUACUCAUAAAAAGUUCUAUUGUCCUCCAAGUCUCCAGAUGGAUGACAACCUCCCAGAUGUCAAUGAUAAACAAAGCCAAGCUGUAAAUAAUCUUCUGGAAGCCAUUUAUCCUAGAGUGGACAAACAAGAAUAUGUAAUUAAGCUAGAACCUAUAGAAACAAAUCAGAAUGCUGUGUUUCAGUACGUUUCAAGAACUGACAACCCAGAAGAGAAUAUUGAGAUUAGCAGUAGUCCUGAUCAAGCUCCAUUACAAAUACAGGAACCUACCACUGAGCAACCCAAAACUGUUUCAACUCCCGAUACAGAAACUUUAGAGUUGCCACCUGCUGAUGCGGAAAUAAAUGUAAUGCCGACUCCUGACGAACAACCUCCAGCAUUAAAUCCUGAAUUGGACUCUUCUGAUAAUUCUGAUUUUGGCCACCAGUUGAUUUGUUGUUUAUGUAGAAAAGAAUUUCAUUCCAGACGUAGUGUACGUCGGCACAUUAGAAAAGUACACAAAAAAAAGAUGGAAGAACUAAAGAAGUACAUAGAAACAAAAAAGAAACCAAAUCAGCGCUCCACAAAAGGACGAAAUAAGAAUGUGCUUGUAACAUUAGGUAGAAGUUGUCCUGUAUGUUAUAAAUCAUUUGCUACAAAAGCCAAUGUAAGGAGGCAUUUUGAUGAAGUUCAUAGGGGGUUAAGGAGGGAUUCCAUUACUCCUGAUAUAGCUACAAAGCCUGGGCAACCUUUGUUCUUGGAUACAGUUUCUGCUAAAAAAUCUUUUAAGACCCGAAAACAAAAGUCUUCCUCAAAGGCUGAAUACAAUUUAACUGCAUGCAAAUGCCUUCUGUGCAAGAGAAAAUAUAGUUCACAAAUAAUGCUUAAAAGGCACAUGCAAAUUGUUCACAAGAUAACGCUUUCCGGAAAGAACUCUAAAAGAGAGAAAGGACCCAAUAAUACUGCCAACGGCACAGAAAUAAAAGUAAAAGUUGAACCAGCAGAUUCUGUGGAACCUUCAACCCCUUCCAUCACCCUUUCUCCACAGAAUGAGUUAAAGGGAACAAGUCAUUCAAAUGAGAAAAAGAACACAUCAGCAGCACAGAAAAAUAAAGUUAAGCGAGACCUUGAAACCCCUAAAUCAACCAAUCCAUCUGCUGCAGGUGGCCAGCAAAAAACAAGGAAGCCAAAACUUUCAGCUGGCUUUGACUUCAAGCAGCUUUACUGUAAACUGUGUAAACGCCAAUUUACUUCUAAACAGAACUUGACAAAACACAUUGAGUUGCACACAGAUGGAAAUAACAUUUAUGUUAAAUUCUACAGGUGUCCUCUCUGCACUUAUGAAACACGUCGCAAACGUGAUGUGAUAAGGCAUAUAACUGUAGUUCAUAAAAAGUCAUCACGUUACCUUGGUAAAAUAACUGCAAGUUUAGAAAUCAGAGCAAUAAAAAAGCCUAUUGAUUUUGUUCUAAAUAAGGUGGCAAAAAGAGGCCCUCAGAGGGAUGAAGCAAGACAGAUUGGUUCAAAACAGGAUGUCGCCUCUAACUCACCGAGUAAAAAGUUUGAAGGAGCUGAUGUUGGCAUAGAAGUAAAAGUCACAAAAAACUUUUCUCUUCACAGAUGCAAUAAAUGUGGAAAGGCAUUUGCCAAAAAGACUUUUCUAGAACACCAUAAGAAAACUCACAAGGCAAAUGCAUCUCAUUCACCAGAAGAAAACAAAACCAAAGGCAGAAGUACAAGAUCAAAAGCUCUUGUCUGGUGAGAAACAACUAGUGUUUUGCCUCUAUUUAAAAACAAACAAACAAACACCACAAGCCCCCUUCCCCCCAGAUCUGUUAUUUUGUUGCCUGAACAGAUGCUUUCCAAUAGACGAUGGUGUAGGAGAUACAAAAGUAAUGUGGCUAUCACAUUUGCCUCUUCAGCAAAAUAUGUUUUCAGUGGCUUGGAGACAAGUCAAUUUCUAAACUUUUUUCUUCUGCAGGAAGUUGCAACCUAAUACAGUUAGGCUGUACAGUUCUUCUAAACUGUUUUAAUAUUCUAAAAAUCAAUUUAUAUUGGCUUAUGUUUACAGUAGACGUUUUAAAAUUAGUUUUGCACUUGUUUGGUACUUGUUCACAUGGUUUAUCCUGCUAAUGUACACAUUUGUAGGAUAGUUACAAAAAUAUUAUGGUACUUCUAUAGCUGAUGUAAAAGUGAAUUACAGCAGAGUAAAUAAAUCUCUACAUCUAACUUGGAAUGAGCAGCCAGCAGUAAACUUUAUUAUUUUUCUUUUAACUUAUUCUAUUAAGUUUCCCUCACUCUCCCAACAUCAUGGUAUAAAAGCAUCUCUUUGCAUGAGUAAGAGUUUCCAGGAUAGCGCCUUAAAUAUGGAUGUUUUUCUUUAUUGUGAUGACUUACUGUUUUUCCGCAGUCCUGCUUCAUAGAAAAAAUGGUGGCACAGGUAGUCUUCUAAUUAUAAAAUAUUAUUUCUUGGUUAAAUGGAAAUAACCUAAAGAUGGCCAUUUUAGAUUUCAGAAUCAUCAUGAAGGCUUUUUGGAUAUUGCAGAGUUUUGUAAUAAAAACAGGCUUGGGUGUGGGGAGGAGAAGCAGUCUUUAAAUUAUUACUUUGGAACUCGCUCCUUAUUAUAAAUACCUGUUAAAGCUAAAUACAUAUACCGUGUCCUGUACCUGCUAUUGACUUCAACUCGGAAGUGCUCUCUUCCCGAAGGCAACUCUGUCUCGGUAUACGUUCUGCAGUGGAUUACCAGUCAGGCAUGUGUAGGUGGGUUUUCAGUGGUUUGGUAACCACUUUCUGCUAAAGAAAAUGCAACUUAACAAUGAGCUGGGUUCUCUCUUAAAAAUCACACUAAUCUUGUCUAAGGAAGAGAGUGUUUUUAAAUUUUUUGUUUGUGGUAAAUUUUAGGUACCACCUUGCAUUUAAAAAUGGUUUCACUGUUGUAUAACUAGUAAACAAGUUGUAUUGGUAAACUCAAAAUAUUAAUUUAUUCCCAUUUCUCCUCAGAUAACUUCAAGUGGUGUACGGAAAGUUUGGAGUUCAUUUGAGUGGAAAGACUUUAAUUUGGUGUUAGAACCACUAAUAUCUUGAAAAUGGUACCAUAAGAAAAAUGAGGAAAUACUUUCAUAAACUAUUGUUUUCUUACUAAAUUAAUAACUAUUCUCAUGGCUUGUUAUAUGACAGUGCCUCAUCCCAACACUGUCAGGUAACUGUUGACUUGCAAUGCACAACAUGCAUCUAUAGACUAGCAGUUAACUACCCUUGUCUCUAUGCAGUCCAGCAAAGUUAUCAAUAGAAAAUGAACUUUCUGUGCUUUAAAAACAAAAAACCCCUUACAAAAAGCAUUUUUUGGAAGAAAACUUAUUUUUCAUUUAGGAAAUCAACUUGAGAGGUCACCACAGCUACUGGCCUUAGUACUGCUAAUGCUGAUGAACCAAUUCUAUGACUUUUUAUGUGGUAUUCUACUUGGCUGGCAAACUUUUGCUUUAUGUACUGUUUUAAAUUUAUUACAAAUGAAUGUAUAAGAGCAAACACCAUAUUAGUGUAUAUUGGAUGAAUUGUUCUAAUUUUUAGUAAUUGUCAUAACUUCAGUUUUUUCAGUUUGACUAAUUUCCCAACUUUUGGGUAUACUGAAUUUCACUGUACUAAAGUUGCUGCAAAGAUAUUGCCAAUACUUUUUUUUUUUUUUCCAUGCAUGGUUCAUAGGACAACCUUUCAUUUGUAAACAUUUAGGAAGUUUACAAAAACACCUACAUUCCCUAUUCCAUAUUCUUUAAUUUUUUGUUUAAAUUUUUAUACACAAGCACUUUAAUGAUAGUUGCAGUUAUUGUUUUAAAAAAACACACUAAUGUUAAUAUGAAGGUAGUGAAUAUUUUCUGAUGUUUUAUAGACACAGACAAUCCAUGCACAACCACUUCUUAUAAUGCUAGUUUUAUUUCUUUAAAUAUUAAUAAAAGGGAGGAUAGUGUGAGACAAACUCAGAAUAUUUUUUUCUUGCAAGAUCUUAAAUGACCACUUUAGGUAGCACUUGACUUUAUUGUAGGAUUUGCAAAAUGCUUACUGAUCCUUUUGUCUAUUUUAUAAUCAAGAUAUUAGCAAAACAGUAGCACACCUGCCAUUAUGGAAAUCUUGGCAGGCUUCAGUGCAUCAAUGUUUUUUUACUUUUUAGAAGAUAUUUUGUUUAGUGAUUUGUGUCAAAUUGCCACAAUUUGAAAGGUACUGUACAUCAGAAGAAAUACCAUGUUUUUAUAUAGGUUCACUCUCUUGCUUAGGGAGACACCUUGUCAUAUAUACUUUUUGUAUAAAAAAAAAAUCUAAAAAUGUUGAUCACAAGGUCAUGAAUUAAAAAAAAAAUGCUUUUAUGGAUAGAAAAAUGUUUGGCCUUUUUAGUGCUUUGCACUAAAAAAAAUACACUGUGAAUGGGAACUGGACUAUAACUGUUGCUGGAAAUGUUCUAUAUUGAAUGUACAUGCUCUUGUUUGGAUAAAUGUACUGUAUUUGGAAAUAAAUCAGACUGGAAGUUACUUUAACAAAGUGUGCUUAGACAAAAAGGUGUAUUCUAGUGAAACUGGAAUGCCUUUCUUCAGUCAUAAAUCAAUUCAAUUACUACCAGCAGCUACACUUCAACAUUUGCAUUUCUAUAAACUUUAUUUCUCUAUCAUUGGGUCUGGUUUGUUGUAUUAUU